CGGACUGUCAGCGUUGACCGACAGGCGCACAUAUACACACUCGGCCACGCGCGCGCCGCCGGGUCCCACUCGCGCAGCGCGGUUCUGCGCGGGCCGCAUUGUCCGUUCGCUCACCUCGUCCCGCCCCGAGGCUCCUCACCGCGCGCCCCGGGCUCGGGCGCCGACCGCCGCUCCCCGGAUCCCAACGCAGUAAGGGGGCGCGCCCGGGAGGCGCGGCGGGCCUCGGACGCCCCCGGCUGUGCACCGAGCAGCGGCGGCAGCAGGUAACAGCCGGCCGUGGGCCUCUGGCGGGCGGACGCGCGGGGCGAGGGCGGUAGGCCAGCCUCGGCCGCCUCCUCGCGCGGCCCGGGCCCGGCCUGACCCCGGGGUCAUCAUCGGACCGCGCCGGCCAGUGCCGAGCUGCCCAGGCCUGGUUCUUCCUCUCCAGGCCAAGCUGGGCCAGGCUCCAGCCCCGCCCGGCGCACGCCCCUGGGCCGGUCGGGAAGGGCCAGCGCUGUGCCAAGGCUGCUCUGACUCAUCUCCGCCGCCCGGCCCCCGCCCCCGAGACUGGCCGCCCCACUGGUCAGUCCGGAGGGCGGACGUCUUCCAGGCGGGACUCCCCCGGGCGGCACCUCCCCGGGAGGAGGCUGCCCCAAACCGGCCCAGGGCAGUGCCUGCGUUUUCUUGCUAGUCAGGCAGUUUCCAGGGACCAGCAGUUCUCUGCUUCUGCCGCCGCCUGUCAGAACUCUGGGAAUAGGAGGAAGGCCCAUUUUGCUUAGUUCUUAAAAAAAAAAAAAAAAAAAAAAAAAAAAACCAAACAAAAAGGGGGCGGGAGUGUGACUUAGAGCAGAGAGGCAGGGCAGGCGCGCGCUUGGUUAAAAAAAACCCGAAAAACAAACCUCCGCAGGGUCAGCCAGUAGGGAAGGAAGGGAGAAGGGAGUUAGCACCUGGAGCGUUUUACAGGUCCCACGAGUGUGAAAACGUCCCGCGGAGGAUGCCCAAGAUCUAGGUUAAGCCUGAAGACUGGAUGGAUACUGCGGAGGCACUGAUGUUACAGCCCAAUGAUGGCUAAUAGGAUACGCAUACAGAAGAAAGCUCUGGAGUCAGUUUGAUUGGGGCCCUGAAUCAGUAAAUACAGCUGCCAGGAAAGGAACACUCUCUUCAGGGGAAGGGACACCCUUCCACCUCAUCAUGUCUCGACGAAGCCAGCGCCUGACGCGCUUCUCCCAGGGUGAUGACGACGGCGGCAGCAGCAGCAGUGGAGGGAGCUCGGUGAUGGGGAGUCAGAGCACCCUGUUUAAAGACAGCCCUCUCAGGACCUUGAAGAGGAAGUCCAGCAACGUGAAGCGUCUGUCCCCAGUGCCGCAGCUGGGCCCCUCCUCCGACGCGCACACCUACUACAGCGAGUCUGUGGUCAGGGAGUCCUACAUCGGCAGCCCCCGGGCCGCCUCCCUCGCCGCCUCCCUCACCAGGGGCUCCAUCCUCGACGACCAGCUGCGUGGCGACCCCUACUGGAGCGAGGACCUGCGGGUGAGGAGGAGGAGGGGCACCGGGGGCAGCGAGAGCAGCAAGAUCAAUGGGCUGGCGGAGGGCAAGGCCUCCGAGGACUUCCUCGGCUCCUCCUCGGGCUACUCUUCCGAGGAUGACUACGUAGGUUACUCCCAGACAGACCAGCGGGGUUCAGGUUCACGACUAAGGAAUGCUGUCUCUCGGGUGGGCUCUUUGUUCUGGAUGGUGGUCACUUCUCCAGGCCGGCUCUUCGGACUCCUGUACUGGUGGAUCGGCACCACCUGGUACCGCCUGACCACAGCUGCCUCCCUCCUCGACGUCUUCGUCUUAACCAGGCGCAUCUCAUCCCCCAAGACGUUCCUGUGGUUCCUUUUGCUGCUGCUGCUUCUGACCGGCCUGACCUACGGAGCGUGGUAUUUCUACCCCUAUGGACUGCAGAUGUUCCACCCUGCCGUGGUUUCCUGGUGGGCCUCGAAGGGCAGCGGCGGGCAGCAUGAGGUGUGGGCGUCCAGAGACUCGUCCCCACAUUUCCAGGCUGAGCAGCGCAUUCUGUCCCGGGUACACUCUCUGGAGCGGCGCCUGGAAGCUCUUGCUGCCGAGUUUUCCUCCAACUGGCAGAAGGAGGCCCUGCGGCUGGAACGUUUGGAGCUGCGGCAAGGAGCUGGGGGGCAGGGAGGUAGCGGUGGCCUGAGCCAGGAGGACACGCUGGCGCUCCUGGAGGGGCUGGUGAGCCGCCGCGAGGCCGCACUGAAGGAGGACUUCCGCAGGGACACCGCUGCUCAGAUCCAGGAAGAACUAGGCACCCUGAGGACAGAGCAUCAACAGGACUCAGAAGACCUCUUCAGGAAGAUUGUCCAGGCCUCCCAGGAGUCUGAGGCUCGACUCCAGCAGCUGAGGUCUGAGUGGCAAAGGAUGACCCAGGAGUCCUUCCAGGAGAACUCCAUGAAGGAGCUGGGGCGGCUGGAGGGCCAGCUGGCUGCCCUGCGGCAGGAGCUGGCGGCCCUGACGCUGAAGCAGAGCUCGGUGGAGGACCAAGUCGGCCUGCUGCCCCAGCAGCUCCAGGCCGUGAGGGACGAUGUGGAGUCUCAGUUCCCUGCCUGGGUCAGUCAGUUCCUCCUUCGAGGUGGGGGAACCCGCACUGGGCUCCUUCAGCGAGAGGAGAUGCAAGCUCAGCUGCAGGAGCUGGAGAGCAAGAUCCUCGCCCACGUGGCUGAGAUGCAGGGCAAGUCGGCGAGGGAGGCUGUGGCCAGCCUGGGGCUGACGCUGCAGAAGGAAGGCGUGAUUGGGGUGACAGAGGAGCAGGUGCACCGCAUUGUAAAGCAGGCUCUGAAGCGCUACAGCGAGGACCGCAUCGGGAUGGUGGACUACGCUCUGGAGUCUGGAGGGGCCAGUGUUAUCAGUACCCGAUGUUCUGAGACCUACGAGACCAAGACGGCCCUCCUCAGCCUCUUUGGCAUCCCCCUGUGGUACCACUCCCAGUCUCCCCGAGUCAUUCUCCAGCCAGAUGUGCACCCAGGCAACUGCUGGGCCUUCCAGGGGCCCCAGGGCUUUGCUGUGGUUCGCCUUUCUGCCCGUAUCCGCCCCACUGCUGUCACCUUAGAGCAUGUGCCUAAAUCCUUGUCACCCAACAGCACCAUCUCCAGUGCCCCCAAGGACUUUGCCAUCUUUGGGUUUCAGGAAGACCUGCAGCAGGAGGGGACACUCCUCGGCCAGUUCACCUAUGACCAGGAUGGGGAGCCCAUUCAGACGUUUUAUUUUCAGAACCCCAAAAUGGCCACGUACCAGGUGGUGGAGCUGCGGAUCCUGACUAACUGGGGCCACCCCGAGUACACCUGCAUCUACCGCUUCAGGGUGCACGGGGAACCUGCCCACUAGGCCUCCUCGGUGCUGCCUCCAGGCAGCGGGGGGGCCAGCUCCUCUGGCCUGUGCCCCCUUCUCUGGGGGUAGGUGAGCAGCACCUCUGCCACUUUCCCCACACGCUUGACACGCGCUGACUUCCAGGAGCAAGAAAGAGCCCCAGGCCCAGCGGAGAUGAGAAAGAACAUGCAGGCUUUCCUGAGCGGCGGGCGGCGGGCUCCAGCGGCUCCUUUCAGUCUUUGCUCUGUGCCUGCCAGGACCGGGCGUCUACUCCUCCCUCCUGGAGGGUGUAUAUAUGUAGCAUGUUGUGGGGAAUUGAAGCAGGGAGAGAAGGGUGAGUGCGUGUGUUCCAGCAAAGGCGGCUGAGACCUGCCUGCCCCUUGCCCCUGGGAGAGGGGCUGGCACCUAGGGAGCUGCACAAAUGAAGCAGGUGCCAAAGCCGUGGGUGAAAAAGGCCAGGGCCUGAGGCAGCUGAACUGUCCCCCUCCCGAGGCAGGGAAGGGAGGCCUCCUGGGAGGAGGGUACUCAGGGUGCAAACUGGGACUAGUCCCCAGACAGGAUGAGAGGGCCGCUGGGCUCCUCCAGAAAGCUAGUGCCAUCAGUCUAGGGGAGGGUGGCCCACAGGGUUCCUGAAAGGCUCCUACACACUGUUUGUCCUGGGUCAGAGUGGGUCAUGGGGCCUCUUGUGCUCCAGAAGGUCUGGCUCCUGUGAGCCUCUGGGGUGCUGUAGGAUUCUCCUCGGCUGGGUAGUUGCUUUCUCUCCUGAUGCUGGGCCUGCCUGUGCCCCACAGCAAGCUUGCCACCUUUCCCCAGGGUGCAGGAAACUAGACCUAUCCUUCAAGGCCAUAAACAUCUAGGUCAGCCAGCAGUGUGGGGAGCAGUCCUGGCCUCUUGUGGUGGCGACAUUCAGGGUGUCGCAGCAGGAGGUGGUCUGUCUACACUGUUGGCCCUACCUCCCCCAUCAAGCCCCUGAUAUAAGAGGCUCCUAGCUCUCAGCCACCCCCUUGGGACACUCUCAGCUCCUUGCUCAAGUCUGUUUCUAUUCUGACUCAUUUUCUAGGGGCAGUCAGGGAUAGGGGGCUGGGUAAGGAGGGCGGGGGCUUUUGGAACAGCAGGCCCGGCUGUAUUAUGUAUCUAUUUUUCAAGGUCUGUUUUUUAACUGAAAAGCUACUGGCUUGAUUUCUAGCCCCGUUCUGUGGGGCACCGGGUGAUUUCAGUCACUUGUAACCUGGCUGCCUCAAGGGCCUUGGGCACCUGCUCUGACUGUAUGGUUCACUCUGGCCGGUGGGGAGGGGGUGGGAAGGGCUGCUGCGCAGGUGGGUGCCCCGUGUGGGUUCCUAGAGGACGGAGCCCGAGUGCCGGCCAUCCUGGGGUCUCCAGCACUAGCGUCUGACCGCGACAACCAGGUUUUGUUUGCGCUCUCCUGUCACAAAUGCUGCACUAUUGGUUCUUAAUUUUUUUAAAUCUCCAGAUUCUAAUUUAUGCCUAUGCAAAAAAUAAAUUAUGCCCAGGGUUAA